AUGAAUCUCUUCUUUCUCGUAAAAUUCUUCACUUUGAUCAAUUUUGUUACUGCUUUUGGUUUCAAAAAGGACAAAAAAACCCUUAGUCUUCCUAGUGUCGACUUUGAACCCAUGGUGGUUAAGGUUGACGCUAUCCGCCUUGUACCCUUGCACCUUGUGGUGGACUCUUACAUUCCCAGCGGUGCUCAUUUAAUCCCUUUGAAUCCUUCUGAUGAAGAUUUGAUGUCUAUGGAAACUUAUGGAACGGAAUCAGCAAAUGAACUGGACGAUUUUCACUUGGCGGCGCCGGCGGAAGUUGCUCAGCUGCCAGGCGACUCUGUUUCAGCUACGGAAGUCGCAAAACUGGCCGAUUUAGGAGCUCCUGGGCAGGGGCUCGCUGACAUUGGGGCGCAUGUGUAUCACCAUGCUGUUUUUGUCACACCACAGCCGGAUCUGUCAAUCGAUUUCACCUCUAGCUUUGCCAUGAUGGUCACAACUACUACUUCUGCAACGGGACAGCCUGGACUGGCCAACGAAAAUGAAUUAAGGAUUUUGGGGGCUUUGAGUAACAAGGGGGUCCGGAAGUGGGACCCAACGGGCCCAAUUUGUAUUGUUUUGUUCGUUAUGUCUGUGGCUUUUCUAAGUUUGAUGUAG